CGAGAGCUCUGGCCACAGCCCUCCCGAAGGUUUCCCGCCCUAGCAGUGUUGGCAGGUGCCAUUUUGCUAAGAGACUGAGAACUUUGAAGGUCUCGGACCAAAGAAGAUCCUCAGACUCGGUUAUAAAAUAUUCAGCAGCCAGAGAAGGAUUCGCGGGAGGCCAGGCCCGAGAUGAGCCUGGAGUCCCUGUUUCAGCACAUCAUCUUCAGCGAGCAUCAGGCCGAGGAGAGUCGUCGGGUGAUGCGAGAAGUAAGGUCAGAAAUAACCAGAUGUCGUGAAAAAAUUAAGAAAGCAACAGAGGAGCUGAAUGAAGAGAAAAUCAAAUUGGAAUCUAAGGUUCAGCAGUUUUCUGAAAAAUCCUUCCUCUUUCAGCUUUUGAAAACUCAUGAAAAUGCUUUAGAAAGACAGUGCAAUGAAAUCACAAACCAAAGGAGUGUGCUUCUCCAAACCUUUGAGGUUACAAAGAAAAGAGUGACAGAGGAGGAAGAAAAAUUUAUUAAGGAAAUUACAGACUUCAAUAAUGAGUAUGAAAUAACAAAGAAAAGAGAGCUUCUGAUGAAAGAAAAUGUCAAGAUUGAAAUAUCUGACUUAGAAAACCAGGCAAACGUUUUGAAAUGGGAAAUGAAGUCAGUGGAACAAGAUAGUGGCCAGUUGAAUGAACUUCAAAAACAAAAGAGUGAACUGAUACAAGAAUUGCUUAUUCUCCAGAGAAAACAUAAAGUUCUUGAAGAUGAAGAGAAUGAAGCCAUUUGUACUACCAAAAACCUAGAGGCAGAAAAGAUAAAAAUCAAAGAAAAGCCUCAAAAUGAUGCUGAAUGCUUAAGACUUAAAAAAGAAUUAGAACUUUAUAAGGAAGAGGACCUAGAGAGUGUUUAUGAAGCCCUCCAAACAGAAAUCGAAUUUCUGGAGUUUACAUUGGCACAGAAAGAACUUCAGGAAAAAAAAUAACUUUUCAAGAGGGGAUGAUCCAUCUGAGACUUGAUCAAAGCAUCUUAGAAGCAAAUUGUUGUGAUGGAUGCAUUAGUGGUACCCAUUUCAGACGAUUCUUGUGCAAAAAGGACCAAAACAUUGGGAUUUGGUCUGAACUUCAGUCUUAUUGAUAGUCAGUUGUUGAUAUCUAAGAGGAUGGGUUUGUUGGCACAUCAAAAUAAUUAUGAUUUUGUCUUGUCAUUCUCUCAAACAUUAAGGGUUCUUAUGUGGUACACUUUUGUUUUAAAAGGAAGAGAAAGAAGUAGAUAUUGUAUUCACAGGCUUUGUAUAGACCUCUGGGCUUAAGUUUAUCUGUCCUUUCUGAUCUGUACUUUUCAUUCUUUAUUGUUGCUUACCUCAGGUUCAGUCAAACCAUGUAGGAAGAAGUGCUCAGAUUAUUGACUCAAUUUUGUUGGUGCCAUUUCCACCAAGAGGUGCUUACUUUCAUUUUAAUCCUUCUCCAGUCAUAAGAUGUCCAUUGACAGAGGUCCUCUGAGGCUUUUCAUCUGUAAAAGCCAGGUUUUUUUUUUUUCCAUUUUCUCUGUGUGUCUACAGAGUUAAUGUCUAGGGCACCUGCAACCAUUUUCCAGCAAUUUGUGCCUGCCAGUUUUCUUCCUAAUGCCAGUGUUGGUUAGAAAGAAAAUAAGUUAUCCACUUGGGGAGGUACAUAACCUCCUUAUGGCCAUCAGGAUUCAUUUUCACUGGUGACUUGUAACAGUGCAACUGAAAACUGUACUUAUGGUUGAAUUGAACUUAGUAUUGCCAUCAGAUUUCCAACAUCACUUAUUUUUCCAUUUUUACUACUCCUGACCAUGUAUAAAGAUAUAUUUCACUAUUCUAUAAAAGUGUGUUGAAACUGUUCAACAAGAUUCUAGAUUGGGUAGAUGGGGGAAGGGAACAAAAUUAUUUAAAAUGUACUUUCAAGUACCAAGAGCUAAUGUUAGAUCCAUGUUUUCUUUUGUCAUUAUAAUUAAAUCAGUAUAACAUCAAAUAAAAAAUGUUCAUAAAUGACUUAGAUCUACUGAUAUUAAAGUAGAGGACUUUGGUCUAGAGUCAAAGCAAGUCUUAUUUUGAUACAGCUUUUGUAUGUUAUUUUAUACCCUUCUUAAAAAUUCGAACUUAAAAUCCUCUCCUUUGGGAUAUGCAGAAGUUGCCAUCUGUUGAAAUAAUUUGCAUUUUUCAGAAGUGAUUUCUAUUUUUAUAUUUUAAUAUUUAAUAAUAAAUUAUUUUUGAUUAAGAAAAAAACUAAUUCUGCCAGGGAAUUACAACUUAUCUUAUGUGUAAAUAUAGAGUGGAAAAUGGUUAUUGGGAUCAGGUCUGACUUCAGUCUUAUUUUAUUUCAUUUAUCUACCCACAUUCUCAGCCUUGUGACUAUCUAGUAUUACAUGUAUAUCAUACUAAUAUGCAGAAAGAGUGUACAAAUAAAGCCUCUUCACUUGGCAGUA